AUGCUAAAAGUGAUCGAUAACUCUGGCGCAGAGCUAGCCGAGUGUAUUAAAGUGUUAAGAAAAAGUCCUAAGAACUGUGCUCAUGUCGGAGAUAAAAUAGUCGUUGUUGUGCAAGAUGCAAAACCUUUAACUUCACAAAUCACAGGUGCGGCAGCUGCAAAUAGAGUUAAAAGAGGUGAUAUAUGUAGGGCAGUCGUUGUUAGAACAAGGUCUCCCAUCCAACGUCCUGAUGGAACAGUGGUUAAAUUUGAUGACAAUGCAUGUGUCCUUGUGAAUCAAAAGGAUGAACCAAUUGGAACUCGUGUAUCAAGUGUUGUUGCUAGAGAGCUUAGAAAGAAAAGUUUCAACAAAAUUGUUUCUCUUGCCCCAAGGGUUGUUUGA